AUGCUAGUGAAUGCCAACGAUUCAACGCUCCACCUACCGCGAAUUCUCUGUCUACACGGCGGCGGCACCAACGCCCGCAUCUUUCGUAUGCAAUGUCGAGUCCUUGAACGCAUGCUCCGCCCACAUUUCCGACUUGUAUUCGCUGAAGCGCCCCUCUCAGCACGCCCAGGCCCCGACGUGACCUCCGUAUACAAAGACUACGGACCAUUCAAGGCAUGGCUGCGCGUACGACCCGAAGACCCAGCCCAGGAUGCACACGACAUCGUGAGAAAAAUCGAGGACUCGCUAGCCGCCGCACGACUCGCAGACGACUGCCGAGGCGCGACGGGAGACUGGGUCGGUCUACUUGGUUUCAGUCAGGGUGCACAUCUAGCCGCCGGCAUCCUUGCUACACAGCAGGAGCUGCGGCGACGGAGUGAAGAUGACGAGGUGUGGCCAGCCUUCCGAUUCGCAGUGCUGUUGGCGGGACGGGGACCGCUGAGAUGGCUUCGUCCGGAUCUCCCUCUUCCUCGGGGCUUUGUCGAUGCUGCACAGUGUACAACUGGUGGUGAGCCGUUGGUUGCUGUGGACCUGUUGCAGGAUAACCGUCUACAAACUCCGACUGUGCAUGUUCAUGGGUUGACGGACCCAGGAUUGGAGUUACAUCGCAGGCUUCUUUAUCAAUAUUGUGAUACUCGUAUGGCGGCACUUGUUGAAUGGGGUGGGAAUCAUCGCGUGCCGAUUAAGAUUCGAGAUGCGGCUCCCGUAGUUGAGCAGAUUUUAUCCGUGGCUCAGCAGACGGGCGUCCUAGAUGGAAGUUUGUAG